CCGGUGGGCGGGGCGCGGCUCGCAGCGUCUUGGUAACCCGUACCGCCGCAGUGAAGGAGAGGACCAAGGGCGGUGAGCGGUGGGCUGCCUCGGUGGGGGCUGCGGAGCUUUCACAGGCACGAACCAACUGAUGACAACUGCAGGACUUUGAACAUGGAGCUUUCCCAAGGGAGCUGGCUCUAAAUGAACAUUUCAUGCUACAUACAAAGUUACUUCUGUUCCUCUUGUGUGUUGUCUUGCCUGAAGUCAAGAGAGGUGGUGUACUAAAAAGAGGAGGGAAAAUGACAGCUGGUUCAGUGUGUGUCCCUCAAAUCAUACCCCUGCGGGUGCCUCAGCCCGGAAAAGCCAACCAUGAAAUUGAUAACAAUACGCUUUUGGAAAUGAAAUCAGACACCCCGGAUGUCAACAUAUAUUAUACUCUGGAUGGCAGCAAACCUGAAUUCCAAAAGAAAAUUGGUUAUGGUGAAAACACUACCUUUAAGUAUACGAAGCCUAUUACCCUGCCUGAUGGAAAAAUACAAGUUAAAGCUAUCGCAGUCACUAAAGACUGCAGAGAGAGUGCCAUUGUCACAAAGGUGUUUCAGGUGGACUCUGUUCCACCAGAUCCAGUCUCUCCAGAAGACACUGUGGAAAAUGCUCUCAAGGACCCUCCGAAGCAGGAACUGAAAAAUGGAUUUGUUGAAUCAAAAGGAAGGAAGAAAUAUAAGAAUCCUGAAAGUAAACUGGGUUGGAAUGUUAACCUUGGAAAGUUUCCAGACAUGGGUGAAAGAAGCGACCCUAAAACAUUGAAAGACCUUCGCUUCUCAGAGAGUCCGCGGGAAGCCCCAACUUUCCGUGAUGAAUUGGGCUCUAGACCAGCCCCCCAGCAGCCCCAGUUCCCUGGGUUUGCACACAUAACUGGCCAGAAGAGCUUGACAAGCACAGAGAUCAUGAGGAUUCACAGGGAGACAGACUUUCUCAAGUGUGCCCGCUGCCUGGUGGCCCGCCCGUCGGACCCCUUUGCUCGCUACUGUCUGGAAUGUGGCUCCUCUGUGCCGCCCAUCUUCGGCUGCCGUCUGCCGCCCCCAGAAGGAGCUCAGACCAACCUGGCCUCCUCCUUCAUGCAGAUGGGCUUGUGCGCGGAGUGUGAGAACGUGGUGCCCCUGAACACACCCAUCUGUGUGGUCUGUGAGGCUCCCCUGGCACCACAGCUGCGGCCACAGGCCAGCUUCCGCCUGAAGGAGAGAGUGAUCUGCCGCGACUGCGGCACCGGGAACCCGGCUCAGCUGAGAUACUGCGUCUCCUGCGAGGGGACCCUGCCGUCCUCGCCACAAGAGCCUAGUGUUCCGACUUGCUACUCAGUUUGCUUUAAAUGUGGGGCCAGCAAUCACCCAUCUGCUCGCUUCUGUGGCUCCUGUGGCCUUUAUGUGAGGUCCUUGGCACGACCCUACGUGGAGAGCAGCCUGGCUCCAGCUGCUGGAGAACUUGGCCUGUUUGCUGAGCCUCGACCUGUCUGGCAGCCCCUAACCGUUCCUCUGCCCAGGCCUGAUGCUGGACCUAAGAGGGAUGUGGGCACACAGACCACCGGCCUGUUCUACCCGUCGGGGACCCUCCUGGCAAAAAAGGAGCUGGAGGUGGCUUCCCAGAAGCAGAGGCAGGAGAAGACGAGUGACCACAAGCCUCUCCUCACAGCCGUCAGCCCAGGGAGAGGAUACUGGAGAAAGCAGGUGGACCACAUCUCCGCGCACCUCCGGUCUUAUGCUCAGAACAACCCUGAAUUCCGAGCCUUGAUUGCAGAACCCAGGAUGGGAAAGCUCAUCUCUGCUACUGUUCAUGAGGAUGGAUAUGAAGUCAGCAUCAGGCUGAAUUAUAUUCAAGUCUCAAACAAGAACUUUUACCUGAACAAGGCGAUGAAUUUCAGCGACCACUUCCUGAGCAGCAUCACUGAGGGUGGGAACGGGCUAUUCGGCAGCGGGUCCAGCUUGGUGAGCGACUACAGCCAGGGCGCUCCUGACACCGAGGAGAAAGUCACCAGGACCAAGAAUUUCAAGACCAAACCCUUUCAAGAGAAGAAGCAGCAGCUUUCGCCUGAAGACAGGCUUCUGCUGAAGGAGGUCGGACCCGCAGGGGAGGGAAGAGCAUCUGUGAUGGAGCAGCUGCUAGAUGAGGGAGCCGACCCCAACUGCAGUGACAACCAAGACCGGCCUGUCCUGAGCCUGGCGGCCAUGAACCAACACCACGAAGCCAUCCCGGUUCUCGUGCAGAGAGGAGCGGACGUGGACCAGCAGUGGGGCCCCCAUGACUCCCACCUUCCAUCACUCCUGCCACCUCUGAUCAGGAGCCUUUCGCUCCAAAAUACAGCUCUUCAUGAAGCAACUCUGCUUGGCCGGGCAGGAAGGGAGUGCAUCGCUGCCUUACUGGGAUGCAACGCCAGCGUCCAGAAGAAGAAUGCGAGAGGCCAGACGGCAUACGACCUGGCCCUGGAAAGUGGGGAUGAGCCCAUCACCUCGCUCUUUGCUGCUAAGCUUGGCCUGGAUGAACGCUAAGCCUGAGAGCCCCAUGGGCAUCAUUCAGAGAAGUCACCCAGCUCCGGCUGUGCUGUGUUCGCUUCCUUCCAAAUGCGUAUUUGAGGUUUGGAAAUCGAGCUUGAGAGCCACUCAUAAGAUUUUAAAAAUUAUGUGACAGUGUAAGCCACCCAUGCCCACACUCCCUGAGUAUUUCCCCAAACGCCCUGGAUCCUGAUGAACCUAGUGUACACUAGUGGUGUGUUGCUGCUUGUCUUUGAAUUUGCUCUUGAAUCUUAAUUUAUUUCUCAGUACACAGUAAUUGCAUACUGUUGUUGUUCAGUCUUUAAGUCAUGUCCAACUCUUUGUGACCCAGUGGACUGUAGCAUGCCUGGUUCCUCUGUCCUUCACUCUCUCCCCGAGUUUACUCAGAUUCGCGUCCCUUGAGUCGGUGAUGCUAUCUCACCAUCUCCUCCUCUGCCACCCCCUUCUCCUUUUGCCUUCAGUCUUUCCCGGUCUUUUCCAAAAAUUGCAUAUGGUUCUAAGCAAAGAAGUGUAAAAUCUCGUGAAGUCUCCCUCCCACCCCCGCGCCAUGACCACUCACGCCCCUCCUCACACCACCAGUGACCUCCGUGUCAGUUGUGUGUUUCCAGAAGUAGCAUAGGAUUAUAUAAGCAAAGUGUAUGUCGUAUGUGUAUGUGUUCGUGUAGAGUACACGUAAACGUUAAGUGAAAGUAACACACUUAUAUUCUGUCCCCUCUUCUAAGACAAAUAGUGGGAAACCACAUACUGCUCUGCAUGUUAUUUGCUUAAUAUAUCUAGUAAAUUGGUUCCAAAUUAGUACAUAAAGAUUGAGCUUAUUAGAGUCUUUCCCUAUGAAGCUGAACUCAUCACUAUUCGUAUUGUUAUGGCUUGUUCUCUGGUUGACAGGUAAGCUUCAAAUAAACCAGUUACAGGAAUGUGAAA